AUGCCUCUCCGCCAGUAUCAAAGCCGCCAUUCCGACGCCCAAAAGCCACGAGAGGGGCGGGGGGGACUCUUGAAAUGUUCCAAGCUGAAAACUAAACAAGAGCAAGAACACGAACACGAACACGAACACGAACACGAACACGAACACGAACACGACAAAGAGAAAGGCGGAAGGUGGAAGGUGGGAUCGCUUGUCAAUGCCCGGCCAUGGCCGGGUGCCGAGUUUGCUGCUGCUGCUGCUGCUGAAGGGGAGAGGACUCUCAAAACGGCGGCCAAUGAAGAUGAUGGUGGAUCUAAAGUCGAAGACGAAGACAACUAUGAACAAUACGAAGACGAAGAAGGCCGCCUUCCACCCUGGGUCUGCCUAAAGGCUGCUGUCAAACUAGGCUCAGGUCUUAUCCUACGGCUUUGGCGAGAUGUACGGCUCGUUUCGGGGUGGGAUAAAGUGAAUGGGUGUGUUGAUCUACGCAUCAAAGGCUUUAUCACUUUCGUUAUCGCGACCACCGCAUAG